GGUGUAGGAAAAAACAAGAUUGUUGACAGAUUCCUUCACCUGCUCAACAGACCCCGAGAGUAUAUCCAGCUACACAGGGACACCACAGUACAAACUCUUACUCUUCAGCCUUCAGUUAGAGAUGGACUUAUUGUGUAUGAAGACUCACCUUUGGUUAAAGCAGUAAAGUUGGGUCAUGUUCUGGUAGUAGAUGAGGCAGACAAAGCCCCAACAAAUGUCACCUGUAUUUUAAAAACUCUAGUAGAAAAUGGAGAAAUGAUUCUAGCAGAUGGAAGACGCAUUGUUGCAAAUUCUAUUAAUGUGAAUGGAAGAGAAAAUGUUAUUGUGAUUCAUCCUGAUUUUAGAAUGAUUGUUCUGGCCAACAGACCUGGAUUUCCUUUCCUAGGCAACGAUUUCUUCGGUACUUUAGGUGAUAUUUUUAGCUGCCAUGCAGUUGAUAAUCCCAAACCCCACUCAGAGCUUGAGAUGCUCAGACAGUAUGGACCAAAUGUGCCUGAGCCCAUUCUUCAGAAGCUCGUGGCCGCCUUUGGAGAGCUGAGGAGUUUGGCUGACCAGGGAAUUAUUAACUAUCCUUAUUCUACCAGGGAAGUUGUCAACAUAGUCAAACAUUUACAGAAAUUUCCCACUGAAGGUCUCUCCAGUGUGGUUCGGAAUGUGUUUGACUUUGAUUCCUACAACAAUGACGUGAGGGAGAUUUUGAUUAACACUUUACACAAAUACGGGAUACCAAUUGGAGCAAAACCUACCAAUGUGCAGCUGGCAAAGGAGUUGCCUUUGCCAGAGCAGACAUUCAUGGGCUACUGGACGACUGGCCAGGCAAGAAAUGGAAUGCAAAAACUCUUGUGUCCUGCAGAAACUCAUCAUAUAGAUAUAAAGGGUCCAGUACUUAUAAACAUACAGGAGUAUCCAAUAGAAAGACGUGAGGAAAGAUCCCUAAACUUCACUGAAGAAUGUGCCUCUUGGAGCUUACCAUUGGAUGAAAUUAAUUUAAUCUGUGACAUUGCUACAUCACAUGAAAAUGAGGAAAAUACUCUCUACAUAGUUACAUGCAAUCCUGUUUACUUAUACUUUAUGAAUAUGAAUGGGAAAAGUGGUUACUUUGUGGACUUUUUUGACAUCUUUCCAAGAACGGCCAGUGGAGUUUGGCACCCAUUUGUGACAGUGGCACCACUGGGAAGUCCACUCAAGGGACAAGUGAUUCUCCACGAGCAGCAGAGUAAUGUCAUCUUGUUGUUAGAUACCGCUGGCCGGGCCCUUCGUCGUCUCGUCCUCCCUUUAGAAGAGGUUACAUCUAAGAAAUCUUCCUGGUGGAACAAGGAGGAAGCUGAAACUUAUAAAAUGUGUAAGGAAUUUUCACACAAAAACUGGCUAGUAUUCUACAAAGAAAAUGGGAAUAGCCUAACUGUGCUGGAUGUUCUAGAAGGAAGAACUCACACCAUCUCACUUCCCAUCAACCUCAAGAUGGUUUUUCUUGUAGCAGAGGACAAGUGGCUUCUAGUGGAGAGCAAAACAAACCAGAAAUAUCUUUUAACUAAGCCUGCACACAUUGAAUCUGAGGACAGUGGGUUUUGCCAGUUGUAUGUGUUGAAAGAGGAGCUGCCUAGCUCAGGGUUUGGAGUUACACAAGAAACAGAAUUCAGCAUACCUCACAAAAUUUCAAGUGAUCAGUUAUCAUCUGAAAAUCUAAGUUCAGCUGUGGGACAAAAGAUUGCCUCUCCCAACCGAGUUUUCUCAGAUAAGAACAGUUAUGCUACAAUAGUUGUUGGUUUCCCAGAUCUCAUGUCACCCAGUGAAGUUUAUUCUUGGAAGAGGCCAUCAUCUUUGCAUAAACCAAGUGUUACUGAUACAGCAUUCUAUGGAGGAAAGAAGAAAAAUGGGACUCCAAAGCAGAGCAAUUGUGUGACUCUUUUAGAUACUAAUCAGGUAGUCAGGAUUUUGCCCCCAGGAGAAGUCCCUCUAAAAGAUGUCUACCCCAAAGAUGUUAUUCCUCCACAAACAGCUGGUUAUAUAGAAGUCACGGAUCUUCAAUCAAAGAAACUUCGAUUUAUCCCUAUUCCCAGAUCAGAAUCUCUCUCUCCAUAUACCGCGUGGCUAUCUACUAUUUCUGACACAGAUGCGCUGCUGGCUGAGUGGGACAAAAGCGGCGUUGUUACUGUUGAUAUGGGAGGUUGUGUCAGGCUUUGGGAAACCGGACUUGAACGUCUGCAGCGAUCACUCAUGGAAUGGAGAAACAUGAUUGGACAAGAAGAUGACAGACAUAUGCAGAUAACAAUCAACAGAGACAGUGGUGAAGAUGUGAGCUCCCCAAAACAUGGGAAGGAGGACCCAGACAACAUGCCCCAUGUGGGUGGUAACACUUGGGCUGGUGGAACAGGGGGAAGAGACACUGCAGGUCUGGGUGGCAAAGGAGGCCCUUACCGGCUGGACGCAGGCCACACAGUCUACCAGGUCUCUGAGGCAGAGAAAGACGCAGUUCCUGAGGAGGUCAAAAGAGCUGCGAGGGACAUGGGCCAGAGAGCAUUUCGACAGAGGCUAAAAGAGAUCCAAAUGAGUGAAUAUGAUGCCGCGACCUAUGAAAGGUUUUCAGGUGCUGUUCGACGACAGGUGCGCUCACUCCGAAUCAUCCUGGAUAAUCUACAGGCAAAAGGAAAAGAAAGACAGUGGCUAAGACACCAAGCUACUGGGGAACUAGAUGAUGCCAAGAUCAUUGAUGGGCUGACUGGAGAAAAAGCUAUCUACAAACGUCGGGGUGAGCAGGAGCCACAACUGGGCAGCCCACAACAGAAACCCAAGCGUCUGCGCCUGGUGGUGGAUGUGUCUGGCAGCAUGUACCGCUUUAACGGGGUGGACGGCCGGCUCGAGCGCUCGAUGGAGGCCGUGUGUAUGGUCAUGGAAGCCUUCGAGAACUAUGAGGAGAAGUUCAAGUAUGACAUCGCUGGACACUCUGGAGAUGGCUACAACAUUGGCCUGGUUCCAAUUAACAAAAUUCCCAAGGACAAUAAGCAAAGACUAGAAAUUCUAAAGACCAUGCAAGCCCACUCUCAGUUCUGCAUGAGUGGGGACUACACGUUAGAGGGGACAGAACAUGCCAUCAAGGAAAUCGUCAAAGAAGACGCUGAUGAGUACUUUGUCAUAGUCUUAAGUGAUGCAAAUCUGUCACGAUAUGGAAUACAUCCUGCCAAGUUUGCCCAAAUCUUAACAAGUAACCCUCAAGUAAAUGCUUUUGCCAUUUUUAUUGGCUCUUUAGGUGAUCAGGCAACCAGGCUUCAGAGAACUUUACCAGCAGGCCGGUCUUUUGUUGCCAUGGAUACCAAGGACAUCCCUCAGAUUUUACAACAGAUCUUCACUUCUACCAUGCUGUCAAGUGCUUAGGAAAUGCCCUUCAUCACCCUGAUGACCCAGGAUUUGAAAUAAGAUAGGAAUAAAGAGUAUUCUGAAGAAAAGAAGACAUGUACAAAAUGAACCUGUGCAAUGCCUGGAUAAUUCUGGCAUUCCUGGGUCUUCCUAGACUUGCUCAGGAGUCAGAAUUCAGAAAAGUAGCCAGAAGGAGACUUGUGCAUGGAAAUCUACAACCACUGAUGGGUGUAGAAGACCUGCAUUUUAUAAAAGGUCGGAGUUAAGGGAAGGUGGUUUGAGAACUAUGGUGCUUGAUCUGUUUCCAGAAACCUUAGGGAAAGAGAAUACCUUGCUUAUGCCUUAAAACAUCAUCUGCUCACUUAAGAUAAGGAAAGCGACCCCAUGCGACCAAGCCUUUGAUGCCACUUUCUGACACUGAGAUACAAGUCUGUGAAAUCCGCACCCAACAUGCUCCUGUCCAGUAAUUAUUUUUAUUUUGUCCCCAUUCUGUAUUGCCCAGCAAACAAUGAUUUUAUAGUAUUUAACUCACUGGAAAGUCCUUCCAACAGCAGUAUUUUAUAAAAGGGUGGGUUUUCUCAAUGAUUCCAUUUUCUUGACCAAAGCCAAAAGGAAUCAAAAGAUCCUUGGAGUACUUCCUUUCCCAUGUGACUUUUAAAAGGCUCUUAAAUUAUGAAGAGCAAAUGUCCUAUUUUCCCUGCUUCCCGAGUGGAAAGAUAAAGAUGUCUUGCCUCAAGUUUCCUGUUUCUUCUUAUUGUAGUGUUUCUCAGAAGUUUUACACUACUUCAUUUUGGCAUCCAAAAUGUAAUGCUCAAAAUAACAAAUGCAUAUAAGAAAAAUUAUUUAUUGAGAACAUUCAUAUAAAAAAUUGCUUAAAUUAAAAGGCAGUUUGUUUGAACUGAAUGGUUAUUGGAGACUCCUUUAGCUGUAAAAAAGAAAAAAACCUUUUUUUCAAGCUUUAUUUUUUUUUCUUUCAAAGUGUACCUUAUUCCCACCCACUCUUGGGAUGACGUUUAUUAAUGGGCUCAAUGGCGCUUUGUUUAAAAACAAAUGCUUCAGCAGAAGUCAGUCUUUCUCCAACCAUAUAUGUAACAAAAAGCUCGUCACAUCGACGUCAACCUGUGAAAUGCUGGGACACCAAUGUGUAUGCGCUUUCUUAUGAGUAGGAAAAACUAGUCUCGCUAAUAAUGUUACCUUUUUCACCCACAUAUAUUGAAAUCGUACAGGUAAAUAAUUUCAUUUUAAUUAAUUAUAGAACUGAAGAAAAGAUAACAUCCGUUCGUUCCUCUACCCCAUCUCCCUAUCAAAAACUGUCAAAGAAAUAAAAGCAUCAGAUUUCCAA